AACCUAUGGUUAUUGGGCUCCUCUUCUCAGCCUCUCUUAUGGUAUGGUGGACAUCAAGAUCCGAAGACCUCCCGCUGCUGCCUCCGAUGUUCGAUCAUCUUCUCCGGCCACUUCAUCCGACAUCAAAUAGAUGGAUUCAACUCGUGAAGUGAUUAGUAGAUCCAUAUAUAACUCCAAAGUCUAGACUUUCCUCAGUGACAGCCACAUCCACUGAUGUGUUUCGAGAUGAUGACUCACAAAAUUGUUGAUAUGCUGCUGGCUCACCGAUUGUGCCACUUGUUCCCCACAUUUGCACGUGUGUUCUUGACGAGAAGAGCCUACUCAUCAUUGCUGACCGACAACCUCCUCUCCCCAUCGGCCACUAAGUCUACAAGGGGCCAUGGUGGAGGAGGGAGCGACACUUUGGGCCGGAGGCUACUAAGCCUAAUAUACCCAAAGCGGAGCGCUGUGGUGGUGCUGCGUAAGUGGGCGGAGGAGGGGAAGAGGGUCCAGAAGUACCAGCUCAACCGUGUUGUCCGUGAGCUCCGCAAGUACAAGCGCUUCAAGCAUGCCCUCGAAAUAUGUGAAUGGAUGACAACUCAACCAGACAUCAAACUGCUACCGGGAGAUUAUGCUGUUCAUUUAGACUUGGUUGCAAAGGUUCGUGGCUUGGCCAGUGCGGAGAAGUUCUUUGAAGAUCUUCCUGAGAGGAUGAAGGGGCAAUCUACCUGCACAGCGCUUCUCCAUACUUACGUGCAGAGUGAGUUGUCUAACAAGGCAGAGUCUCUAAUGGAAGAAAUGUCAAUUCAUGGUCUCCUUAGAUGUCCUCUUCCUUAUAAUCAUAUGUUGACUCUCUACAUAUCGAAAGGCGAGCUGGAUAAGGUACCAAAAUUGGUUAAGGAGUUGAAAAGAAACACAAAACCAGAUGUGGUCACCUACAAUCUAUGGCUAAGUGCUUGUGCCAAGAAAGAUGAUGUGAUGGGUGCAGAAGAGGUCCUCCGUGAGAUGGAAAAGGAGAAGAUAACUACUGAUUGGAUAACAUACAGCAUGUUAGCCACCAUCUACAUCAAAGCUGUCUGCAGUGAGAAAGCCAAGGAAGCAUUGGUAGAAAUGGAGAAAAGGGCUUCCAGAAAAGAACGAGCUGCAUAUUGCUCCCUUAUUAGUCUGCAUGCUAGUCUAUCAGAUAAAGAAAAUGUAUACAGAAUAUGGAAUAAAAUAAAAUCAACAUUCAGAAAAAUGAGUGAUGUCGAGUACAAGUGCAUCCUUUCAUCUCUUACAAAGUUGGGUGACAUUGAAGAAGCAGAGAGCAUCUACAGUGAAUGGGAGUCAGUGUCAGGCACACGGGAUUCAAGGGUUCCAAACAUACUCCUUGGAUAUUACAUCAAGAAUGAUAUGAUGGACAAGGCUGAGAAUUUUCAUGAGCAUACGGUACAAACAGGAGUCAAGCCUAGCUAUACUACAUGGGAACUACUUGCUUGGAGUUAUUUGAGUAAGAAGAGAAUAGACAAGGUUUUACAUUGCCUGAAGAAUGCCUUCUCAAUCCUGGAGAAAUGGGAGCCUAAUGUUGGAAUUAUAAGAGCUGUGUUUAGCAAGCUGGAGAUGAUGGGUGAUGUUGAGGGGGCAGAGCAGUUCUUGGUUAUGCUUCGAGAUGUAGGGUAUGUGACAACAGAAAUAUAUAACUCAUUGCUUCGGACUUAUGCAAAAGCUGGUAAGAUGCCACUGAUAGUUGCUGAGCGCAUGAAGAAGGAUGGUGUUCAGAUGGAUGAAGAGACUCGCGGUCUCCUGAGGUUGACAAGCAAAUUUUGUAUUGGUGGAGUUUCAACACUAAUUUCUUGAGAAGGUUGAGCUUCCACAAUUUUUUUUUUUUUGAAAUGACACUGGGACUGCUCUCACCAAGGAAAUGAAUAUAUUUUUGUUUCUAUCGGGCCAUGAUAUCUUUGAACUGCACUCCACUAGCCAUAAUAGCAUUCUUGCUAGUCAUUCUACUUGGCAUACCGAAUGCUAAUCACCAUUUUGUUCCGGUGCUACCAAGAAACUCGAAGUAAGUUGACUAAGCAAAAUUUUCUGAAGCUCGCCAAUGGUAAGCGAUGUUGAAGAGAUUACAGAUUAUCUGCGCUAAGCCAUUAGCUAUGCCAGUUCCCACCCACCUAUACCUUGGCUAGUUGUAGGCGUUUGCUUCAACAUAUUUUUCAUACAGAAGCAGACAGGAUGCAACUAAGUGCUUUAUGACUUCUACCUCGCCUUUGGUUGCAGUUAUCUAAGAUGAAGGUGUAAUAGUUCUAUAGUAAGAGGUCUCUCCUUUUGCAUUUUCAUGAAAUAUGCCUGAUUCUUGGUCAUAUUGAUGAACUGCAAAUGCGAAUCUGGUACACUAUUGUCCUUCUUGAUUGCUGGUAAGCUGAUUUAGCAUUAAAUUAAAUAUUCUGAUUA